AACACUCUAUAAUAAUUUACCACCUUGUUUUAGUGCACUUGGUUGUCGGGUAGAUUAUCGAUCAAUAGAAUAUCAGAUCAUCUUUCAAAAACAAAAACAAACUAAAACCAUUCGAUGCAGCCGUACCAUACAUUGUUGGUAUUUAGCGAUGAAUGAGCAUAAUCAUUCCACACUUGAGGCGAACACAAAUAGCAACAAAGUAUCGUUAAGAGCAGUAAUUAGCAGCAUUCAUCUUCAACCGCCUAGAUCAUGCCACGUAGAUGGUUUAAACACAUUUAGCACAAGUUCGCUUCGCCUUCAGCAAUUUGAGUUCGGCGAACAAGGCAACAGAACAGACAAAAAGAAGAUACACCACAAAGAAGCAAUCUUCCCACCAUCAGUGUUUUCGGUAGAUUAGAAGUCCAUCAACUUAAGAGGAAAUUAAUUUUACUACGCACACACACACACGAUCGAUCGAGAUGCCUUUGAUGAACAUAAACGAAAAGCGCGAUGCGCGAAACCCAAUCAAUGAAGCAAAAACAGAACAGAAUGUAUGUAAGGAUGGAAAGUUUGAUGGAGGGAGGAAAAAACAACAAGAAACCCAUUCUUUUACAAAUCAUCACUGCGGCGUGGACCACUCGUUGCUCGAUCGAUUGCGCCACAAAAUAGGCGCUCAACCUUAGUCAUUUUCUACUGAUAUGUUUCCAAUUAGCCAAUCAUUCGAUCAUUCUGACAGAUAGGUUAAGGUCUAUUGCGGCGCGCCGUCACGAACCAGAAUCUAUCUACCAAAAGGCCGAACCAACGGAACCGGAGCUUCAACAGCGUUCAACCAGCCACCGAGAAGAAAGUACCGCUAAUCCGGCACAACCUGAUCUUCGCACGAGAUACCCGUCAACCGGUGGCAGCAGCUCGGUUAGAACAUGAAUUCCCGCGGUUUGCGAAGUGGAAGGAUUAUCGUCGUGGCGUCGUCGUCGAAGUCGUCGUCUUAAUGGUCGCGGAAUAUCAUUAAAUGGGAAAGGCAAAUUGCGGGGGGGAAAAGUGGUCCAACCACCAAAAGAGCCAACCACCGCUAAGAGCCAGUCCACACCGACACCUCGUGAUAUGGUCAAGAAACGCAGCGGUUCUUUGCUGGUGCCCCAAGUAAGGGCCUUCUGAGAUGGUUGGGGAACAGAGCGAGCGUAAAAGCAGUGGCCCGAAAAAAGAGUGCGAAAACGAUCAUCUGGCCCUGCUGCUACUGCUCAAGAUCCACCCGACGAUGGUGAUGGCGAUAGCCCUGGUGCGCUGAUCAGGGAAGACACGCGGAAAUGAUGUUGGAGGGGAACGGGUGCGCAGAGCGUGUGAGAAAAGCGUGGCGUGGAGAAAAUUAUAAUAAACACACACACACACACAUUCACGGACUUGAAGCAGACCAACAAAAAACAAGAAUAUUAGGCCUGGAAGUUACUGACCCGUGUGGAUUGGAGCUUGGAGUCUUGGAGUCUUGGGGUUGGCAAAAGCGAGACAGCUCCAAGCACACCCCGUAGUGCAGACGCGAAAGAGCAGGACAUCAAGGAACAUCGUGAUUGAGGGUGAAAUUCGUGGCCGAACAUCGCGAUCGGAUUGACGCGCGUUGCACCCGAACGGGGACGGGUUUUUCACACGCAACCACAUACGGCGUGCGUUUCAUCCGCAGGUUCGAUCUUCUCAGUUGACACACUUCUUUGGGGUGGAUCAGUCGAAACGUGCUGCUGGUCCCGAUCGGUCUACAACACCGGGCCCCUGGCGCGAAUAAUUUGGUAUUAUAGUGUGAUUCCGGUGUGUUGGUUGACGUAGUGUACCGGUGGUGCAUAUAUCUCCCCUUACGCACAGUGUUCCAAUCGCCAAAACCGCUUCCAGGAGGCGUACGGUGGUGAAAAUAAAUCCCCGUACUUUCGCGCACUAACGUCAUCGCCCUGUUUCGGGACGGUUGGGUGCGGUGUGUUCAGGUUGUGGUGUCCCCACAAGAGCCAGUGCCCAGAUUCUCCCGAAAGUGGAUACAACACGUAGCGCAAGGAUGGUGCUAUCGAUAAGCAGACACCACACCGUUGUUGCACGGCGCGCCGCAUGGUCGUUGAUGCCGCUGCAGCUGAUAGUAGGCGGCGCCUGUGUACUGCUGAUGCUUCAGGAUCAUCAUCAUCGCGCGGUGGAGGCUACGAUACCGACCAUCGAUAAUAUCGUAAAAAUUCUACAAUCACCCGUCGUACAGCAGUUGAUUCUUCCGCGACCUUUGGUAGCGGCCGAUCCGACCGUUGUUGCCGACGAACCGUCAUCGGGACCGUCUUCGAUGAGCAUGAGCAUGAUGAUGAAAGAUCCCGUCAAACCAUCGCAGGCAAAUGACGAUGCCGCCGCCGCCGCAAAAAUGGGUACGAAAGACAGCAAGCAGACGCAAAACAGUGCCCGGGAUAAAGCAGUCCGGACGACGUUCCUGAUACCACGCACCCGAUCCUUGCCGGGCUGUCCACUGUGCGAUGCGUCGGUGUAUAGCUACUGCGACGAGAAGGUGUACCACGAUGCGUGCUGCUGCGGUUCCAUCAACGGUGCGGCCCCGUUCGGUGGACCCGGAGGCGGAGGUUUCGGAGGGUUCGGUGGCUUCGGUCGACAGGGGUUCGGUGGACCGGGUGGCUUUGGUGGUCCUGGCGGCGGUGGUGGCUGCGGCUACCAAGGCUGUGGAUUCCUUUACGCCAACUCCUGCUAUGAACAUCAGCUGAUAGUGAACUGUUGCUGUAAUUCGCCAUACUAGAUA